CCUGCCUCGCUAAAUACACACAGCCUGUUGUAAAACUCCACGUUGAUUCCAAAGAUCUCAACCCAUCAACUGAAAUGGCUGCAAAGCAUUGCGACGCCUGUAAACCAACAGCUACCGAUCCAGAUUUUAUGUGCCUGAGUUAUGAUUCUUCCACCGCCAUCCAUGGCUGCAUUGGGAGGGUGUUGAUGUGCGACGUUUGCGAGCAAGUUCCGGCUGCGUUCACUUGCAAAGCCGAUGCCGCCGCGCUUUGUGUCGCUUGUGAUGCCGAUAUUCACUCCGCUAAUCAUUUGGCUCGUCGUCACUACCGUGUCCCGAUCGACCCUUUUCUUGGUCCACAAAAAGAGGAUGUAGUAGUGAUGGGUUCUUGGUCUUUGUUACCUGGUUUCAAUCAUAAACUGGUUGAAACAGAGGAUUUGGGGAUUUCAGAAAUGGAUCCAUUUAUUGAUUUGGAGUACCAGGAUGGAUAUCAUGUUUUACAGCAUCAUAAUUUAGGUAUGGAAAGCUUAGUUCCAGUUCAGAUCGAACCGGCAACAACAGUUCCAGUGGUCAACCCUAUUCACUUCUGCCAAUCUCAGUCUCUCAGCCAUAGUGUAUCGUCAUCCUCGGUUGAGUUAGGUGAUGGGAAUUCUUUAUCAGAUAUCUCAUACCCAUUAAGAGGUACCACAACUGAUCCAAGCAUACUCAUAUGCAACAACCAAGUAGACCAAGUUGGUUCAAUGGAUCGAGUGGCUCGGGUUUUGAGGUACAGAGAAAAGAGAAAGAAGAGAAAAUUUGAGAAAACAGUUCGUUACGCUUCACGAAAAGCCUACGCUGAAUCAAGACCGAGAAUCAAAGGUCGUUUCGUUAAAAGAACUCAAAUCUACAACCGAGUUGACCAUCUCUGUAACUCGGCAACAUCACCAUCAUCAACAACAACGACAUCCCACACGCAUUACUACGGUAUCGUCCCAUCUUUUUUAUGAAAGGGAAACGUGGAAAAAUGAAACCAAAAAAUUUAAUUUUAGUGAUGAUAUUGUAAAAUUCCACUAGUUUAUGUAGCAAGUAGAAUAAUAAUCCCAAGUCCAUUAAGAUUGAGGAAGAUAUUAUGUAACCCAAAUAACGGUGAUGUUUUUGGUAGCCGUUGAUAUUUGGGGCUUUUAGGGUUAUACGCAAGCAGAUGUUAGAGUUCUAAGAACUGAUAUUUUGCUUGCAGUUCUGAAAAAAAUGAAGCCCUUUUCACCAUUUUUAUUGAGAGGGGCUUCUUUUGUUUUUAUGUUACUAAAGUUUUACUUGGGUUUUUCUCAAACUAAA